GUAGCGUUAUGCUCCGUAGUCUCUCUCUGAGCCACAUAUUAUUUGUGCGAGGGCGCAUCCGUAAACUAACCACCCACCAUUCCUUCCCCUUCCUCUAACCACAAUCGCCCACUCGAACCACGAACACCAAAUCCCACUCCCUCCCACCCAUGGCGACCUCUUCCACCUCCCUCCUCCCCCUCCUCCGCCCCUAUCUGCGCUGCCUCUCCGCGACUCCUUCCACUACGCCGCCCCUCCGCCGCCGCAGGGAGGCGCUCCGCCUCCUCCUCGUCUCCCUCCCGGCGCCGUUCCUCCUCGCCGGAGCCCCCACUCCGGCGAGCGCCCUGGACGUGCCCCUCUUCGGGUUCCGGAAGAAGCUGGAGAGGAUCGAGGGGGAGGCGGAGGCGGCGGUGAGGGAAGGGGAGAGGGCGGUGGAGGAGGGCAUCGCCGCGGCGGAGAAGGGGAUCGUGGCGGCGGAGAAGGGGAUUGUGGAGGCGGAGGAGCGGAUCGUGGUGGCGGAGCAGGGCAUCCAGGUCGCCGGCGAUCUCGUUCAGGCCGGGGCCGUAGCUGCGGCGGAGGCCGUCGGAGUCCUCGUGGGCCUCUCCGUCGUUAAUGGGAUUCUAGGGCCCGAGGCCCAAGAGCCCUAGUGUUUCAUUUUAGUCUCCUUGUUCCCACCCCCUCCCAAAAAAAAAAAAAAGAAAAAAAAAAGUUUACAUUCUAGUGCUCGUUGGUAGAGAUUCUUUGGGUGAUUAGUUGUUGCUCACAAUCGAAUCAAUGUUCUGUAUGUAUUCAGUUGUACCUAUGUAGCUUUUACCGAUGCUCAGUUUGAAGCUUCUUACUUUUUGCAAGCAUGCCCGUAUGCAUGAGUGUCUAUUUAGCUUCACUAAUGUGGCUUUAAGAAGCAGCAGUAAAAUGUUCAACAAAUACAGUAUCUGUUAGA